AUCCCAUCGCGUUAUCCCGUUGUGAGAUUAAAAUCACGAUAAAACGUCUUUUAUACAAUGAUAAAAUCGUUAAAAGGUAUUUAAAUUUUAACAAAAUGAUUAAAAAACAAUCAGUGAUUGUUCUUGUCGGUUCUUUGUUAUAUAUUUUCGGCAUAUCGGGACAGCCUUUUCCUGUCGAAAAAAUUGCUGUUGGUGCAAUUUUCGAUCAAGACACCGAGGAGAUUCAAAAUGUAUUCAAAUAUGCGAUGGCAGUUCACAAUCAGAACAUCAGCGUCCGCCGUCUUGAACUGCAGGCUUUUGUGGAUGUCAUCAAUACAGCUGAUGCCUUUAAGUUAUCAAGACUAAUUUGCACCCAAUUUGCCCGAGGCGUCUUCGCCAUGCUGGGCGCUGUCAACCCGGAAUCGUUUGAUACACUUCACUCAUACACUAACACUUUUCAAAUACCAUUCGUUACCCCAUGGUUCCCCGAGAAGGUUAUUCCUCCAUCAUCCGGUUUAAUUGACCAUGCCGUGAGCAUGCGGCCCGACUACCACAAAGCAAUAGUUGACAUCAUAGUCCACUAUGGAUGGACAGACAUUAUUUAUGUGUACGACUCGCAUGAUGGUCUGUUGCGCUUGCAACAAUUGUAUCAAUCUAUGGAGCCAGGGCGAGCCAAAUUCAAGAUAUCUCUAGUGAAGCGUAUUAACAACGCAGCAGAAGCCAUAGAUCUUCUCUUAGGGGUGGAAGAAAAUGACAGGUGGAGCAGUAAGCGAAUACUUCUGGACUGCAAUGCAAAAAACACAAAGAGCAUCCUUGUGGAACACGUGAGAAAGGUGGAAUUGGGACGUCGAACGUAUCAUUACUUGCUCACUGGUUUGGUUAUGGACGAUCAAUGGGAGAAUGAGGUUACGGAGUAUGGGGCAGUGAAUAUAACCGGAUUCCGCAUCGUGGAUCACGGCCGGCGGGUCGUGAAGGAGUUCAUUGAGGGUUUGAAGAGGAUGGAUCCACGGUUCAAGGGGACUAUAUCAGCUCAAACAGCACUGAUGUACGACGGCGUUCAAGUUUUAAUGGAUGCGCUGGGACGUCUAUAUAGAAAAAAACCUGAUUCAUUUAGAGCCGCCUUGAGAAGAGCAGCAACAUUAGCCAACUCUACCAAAGUAAUUGAUUGCAAUCCUGGCAAAGGGUGGGUUGUUCCUUUCGAGCACGGAGACAAAAUUUCACGACUCAUCAAAAAGACGGAUAUCGAGGGUCUAACCGGAAAUAUAUCAUUCAAUGAAGAGGGACAUCGCUCUAAUUUUACUCUCCAAGUUGUUGAAAUGACUGUUCAGAGCGCUAUGGUUAAAGUUGCAACCUGGUCAGACAGAGGCGGACUGACAAUGCUGUCACCGAAACUCACUGACUUAUACACGCCAACUUCCUUCGACACAAAUAAAACCUACACCAUUACGACAAUCCUACAAGAGCCCUAUUUAAUGAUAGCACCAAAAGAAUACGGACAAAGAGAGGAACUAUUCCAUGGAUUUUGUAAGGAUCUCGCUGAUUUUAUCUCGAAUAGACUGGGAAUAAAAUAUCAAAUAAAAAUAGUCACUGACGGCCAAUUCGGUAGUGAGACGCAAAAUGGUUGGUCUGGGCUUGUAGGCGAAAUUCUAAAAAAGGAAGCUGAUUUCACUCUGGCUCCAUUAGCAAUAACACCUGAAAGAGAGAGGGUAGUAGAUUUUACUGAACCAUUUUUAUCUGUUGAAAAUCCGAUUAUACAGACAAAGACGCCCAAACAACUCGGCGAUACAUUUAGCUUUUUACGGCCUUUAUCUAAGGAAAUAUGGCUCUGCGUCCUAUUCAGUUUCUUCGCAGUGAGCAUUGUUCUGUUUCUCGUAUCAAGAUUUUCACCACAUGAAUGGAAGUCUGUGUCCAUAUCUGACACGCAGUUGGAUCAUCCUGUUAGCAGUACUAAUGAGAUAAUAUUGCACAACGAGUUCAGUAUCUGGAACUCCUUCUGGUUCUCCUUGGGUUCGUUCAUGCAGCAGGGGAGUGAUGUGGUUCCUAGAUCUCUAUCCGGACGUAUUGUGGGAACUGUGUGGUGGUUCUUCGCCCUGAUAUUAGUAUGUUCCUACACGGCCAAUUUAGCUGCAUACCUUAUCAUAGAGCGGAUCACGGAGCCAGCUCAAUUCCUCACCUAUAGUUCGAAGAUAAAUUUCGAAAGUCAAUUCCUUCCAAACAACGACUUUGUAAAGGAUCCGGAAGUGGUCAACGAUCCCCCCUAUACUAUUGACAGUCGAUAUGAAAGAUCCUGCCUAACGCCACCAAUCUGCCGAUACAAACACGUUGAUUUCGGUAUUGCGCUCUCAAAAGGGUCCAGUAUCACGGAGUCACUGAACCUCGUCAUAGUCGAAUUGAAAAAUGAUGGAGUCAUCAUGAAGCUUUGGCAUAAAUGGUUGUUGUAUAUUAACAAACCCCUAUGUGAAAACAACGACGAUAAGGAUUCGGAAAUAUCAGAGAUGUCACUAAGUCAAGUUGCGGGAAUAUUUUACGUGCUAGUCGGUGGGCUGGCUUUAGCACUUGGCGUCGCGUUAUUGGAGUUCUGUCACCAUGGACGUAGCGAGGCGGUGCGCAGUAACGUGUCUUUAAGCGCUGCACUGAAGGCUAAAACAAAGGCGCCGACGCGUACUGAGAGGAAGACACCUCAAAGGUCCCGGGACCAGGACAGGCUUGGAUGGAAUGGCGCUGCGUUUGGUGGUUACUUCCCGGCUGGAAACCAGAUCUCCCAGGACGAUGCUGUACAUGCCAGUUUCACGCAUGUCUGAUCCGAGAAAAGCGGCGUUUCCAGCCGCCGUCCGUCUAUCACAAAGCAGCCAAACAACAUCGACCUCUUUCAACUUUAAAGCCCUGAAACAAAAACAUAAGCCCGGAUCGUAUAUAUUACGGUUUUAUAAUCAAAGAAAAGCCCCAAACAGUAAGGCUACGUUUACUUUAAGCUUAUAUUAUUCUUUUCGCGACAAAAUUUGUUGUCCUUAAUCGACACCAAUUGAGUUCGUAAUUACUCCGGGAUAUUGAAAUGUAUAUUUAUUUUGUUACAAUAAUAAUUGAUUUUGAGGUUUCAUUUAAAAUUUGCUGUCCUUAAUUGACACCAUUGAAGUUCGUUAUUCCUCCGGAAUAUUGAAAUUUCUACAACUAAAGAUUAAAACGUGAUAAAAUAUUCUUUAGCGUAAUAAUAUUUAGUUCUUAAAUAUUUAGCGUGUAAUUUUAUUUUAUUAAUAUUAUAAUAUUAACUGUUGUAAAGGGCUCUCUCGGAAACACAAGUAAAAUAAUACAAACACGUAACGGAAAGGUCGCGCAUACUACAUGCGGAUUCAGAUUAAGCGACUCCUGCGUCUAACGACUUAUUAUCUGUAUUUCGUAAGCAUUAGUACGAGUUUCACAAAAAUACUGUUUCAUAAUUGUGAAUCUUCGAAAUUACGGCUUCAAUUUGUUUGCGUCUCAAUUGUCUCUGCCAUUUAAAAUAGUACCAUACGUCAAAUGGUUUAGGUUUAAAUUCCUUUUUACUAUAUUUCUUAUUAAAUCUAUAUAAUGUACGUUAUACCCUUAUGCUACGUACAGUAUAUCAUAAAUACUUGUUGUUUAUGUUCAAUACCUCCACCGUCUGUGAACCGACCUUAAUCAUCAAGGUGUAAAAUGAUUUGAAAUCGUUUUCAGGAUAAAUAACUUUAAUUUUUAUUGCAUUUUAUCGGCACAAUUUUUCUCCAUUAGAAUAUUAUAUUUGAUCGAUAUCGGUCUCGGAUUUUAUCGGGUCGAUCAUUCAUUUGCUUUUACUGCCAGUUCUCAAAUUAAGAGGGAACUGUUUCUCUUCUUUCUAGCGUAGAGCGUAAUAGUUUAAACGUCUUAGAAUAAAUAUCACUUUUAUCAAUAAAUAAUAGGUAGGGUAAAAUUCAGGAGUGAGAUCUAGCGUUUUGACAUACCGAAGUCAUAGUUCGACUUAGCUCUAAGACUUCUCAUUUAUGAAUCUCAACUCUUAAAUACUUGUUGUAGAAUAUUGAUGUUAUUUAAUAAGUCGUACUUACCAUAUGGUCUGUUUAUAUCCUACCAAUUACGACUGGUUUCUGGAUAUAAAAACACGGGCCCUAAAUAUAAGAUCAGCAGUUCAUGUAACGAUAAUAUUUCAUAAAAUGCUUGUACUCCUUUAUUAGUAUAAAUAAAUAAGUCUUAUUUCGACGUUCAGCAAAUAUCGCUUAUUAUCAUAGUGGUUAUAUAAUUUUUUAUUUAUCAAAUCUUGACUGUCGAAUUUACUAUUGCAUUGACCACUGGUCUAUCUUCUGCUUUCAGAUCCAUUCAAGUUUACAUACAGAAUUGUCUCUAUUAUAUUGGUAAUAAACAUUCAAAAUCAUACAGUAUUUAAUAAAAUAUAAUAUUAACCCAAUAAUAAUAAAAAAAAUAUCAUAGAUAUAAAUUUCGAUAUUAUCAUUAGCUGUCGUAAGUACUUACAAAAAAGUACAUUCUUAAAAUACUGACUUACGGAUUU